CUGGAGUUGGGCGGACCGGGUCCGAAUCAGGUUCUUGAAGGCUCAGCGGGGUAGGAUUAAUGGAUGGCCCUUCCAGGCUUUGCUCAGAAUUCCUCUUGUGAGCCUGCUAUCCUGCCGCUGAACUAACCACCCGCUUGGAGCUAACGUGCAUCUGCAAACUUCUUCCAAGCAGAAAGGAAGGCCAGAAGGAUGUCUGACGAGACACUUUUGAGCAUGGAUGAGGGAGCACUGCGGAAACUGUUGGAGGCCACACUGGACCUGGCAGAACGGCGGCAGAUUCGCUCUGCCAUCCGGGAGUUACGGCGGCAGGAGCUGGAGCGCGAUGAAGAGGCGCUGGCAUCCAAGCGCUUCCGGACGGAAAGGCAGGAGAACAAGGAAAACUGGCUGAGGUCCCGGCAGCUGGAGGAGGAGCAGCAGCGGCAGAAAUCUCUGGAUGUACUCUCUGGGAAACUGGAGGCCAUCCAAGAUGUGGAGGAGCUGACAAACUUGCUGCGAGGAGCCAGUGAAUACGAGGAGCGCAAAUUGAUCCGUGCUGCUAUCCGCAAGCUGCGUGCCGAAGAAAUUGAAGCUGCAGCCUUGGCUGGGAAGGUUUUCUACAACCGGAAGGAGAAGAAAGAGAUGCUGGAAUCCAAGGAGCGGGAGGGGAGCUCUGCAGAUGGAGGCAUCUCUGAGGUGCAGGAGUUAGCGGAGCGGGAGCUGAUCAAGGCCCAGAUACGAGAGCUGAGGAAUGAGCAACACAGAGAAGCAAAGCCAACAGACGUUCCAGACAUCUCUUCAGGGCCUCUUCUGCUCCUGGACGCGGUCCCUAACCGGCCUUCUCCACAGCCAUCCUCCUCCUCCUUCUCGGAGCUUGCGUCAGAUCCUGAAUCGAAUGCUGAGGGCCCUGAGCCCAGUUCCCAUGACGGCUGUUCUGACACGGAAUCCCAGCCCCCUUCCAAAGAGGAGAGCCCUCUUGGCACCUCAGGAGGGGAGGACACAGAGGUGUUGAGGACACCAGCCGGAGAAACUGCCAAUGGUAUCAUGCAAGAACAAUUGGAUAUGCCAAGUACAGAAAAAGAUGCCUGUCUGCCCAAAGACCUCUGCACAGGGCUGCCGAGUAGUGAGAACGAAAACCGUGAGGGUUUGCUUCAAGCAUCAGAGAAUGAAGCAAGUGCAGCCUGCAAAGUGGCAGAUGCUCCUUCACACGAUGUCCCCGCGCCCUGCUGCAACACCACACAGACGGCCCCACUACCCACCACCACUGCAGAUCCCCGACGGGAGCAGCCCUUCCAGAGGUCUGGUUCUGUGUGGGAACGUGCUCGCAAGUUCAGCUCGGAGCCCCCCAAUCAAACCGGCCCCCCAAAGGGGGAGAGUGCCAACAAAGGCUCUCGUGUUCUGCAGCAGCAACAGCAGUUCCUGCACCCCCGGCGUGUGACAGACUUACCCAGGGGAGUCCGUGGCGACGGCGUUGGCUGUGCACUCCCAGAUGGCACCAGGCAAUCAGCGAACUGCAGUACUGGCACAGAGCAGGCUGCAAAGCCCACUUCUUCUCAAGCAAAAGCUGGGACAGUCAGGCCUUCUGCUCAGGGUCCAGCCAGCCCUCAAGAAGUGGGUGGCCCCAAGGGGAGGAGCUACAAUAACCAAUGGCAGAACAGUAAGUUGACACCUGCCCGACAGCCUGUUGAAAAUGCCAAGGGGACGUCUGCCAGCUCAGAGGAACCCCGUACCCAGCCGAGCGCCUCCUCUUGCAACCUCCUGCCUUCCCCAGCGCACAACCCCAGCACCAACGACGCCAUGAAAACCCUUUUCACCAUCGAGAUCAAGGACAAUCGCAGUCAGCCCAUCCGAAGCCAUGUUGUGGGGACACCAGGCAGCCAGCGGGCAGAGCUCACCCUGGGGUUGGGAAGCACCCCCGUCCGAAUCACCACCACCAGCAGUGUUGGUAGCAGCAGCCAUGCCAGCAGCCGUCAGAAGAUGGAUGCUGAGCUGCUGGAGCAGCCCCAGGUGGCAGAGCCAGAGUUGUCCAAUGGCACGGAGAAGGAGAAGGUCCAACCUCAGGAGAUAAAGCAGCAGCAGCAGCAGCGGGGCCAGCUGAACGCUGAAGAACUGAGCAAAAUUGAAGAAGAGGACGUGCUGGAUAAGAUGCUUGAUCAGACCACAGACUUUGAGGAGCGGCGGUUAAUCCGAGCAGCCAUGCGGGAACUGCGUCAGCGGAAGCGAGAGCAGCGGGAGAAGGAGCGGGAGCAGCGGCUGCAGGAAUCCAAGACCAAGGGAGGAGCCAGUCACACCACAGAGACAACCACGCGGCAGAGCGCCGACGGCUCAGCCGUCAGCACGGUCACCAAGACCCAGCGCCUCAUUCAGUCCAAUGAUGGCAGCAAAAGUUCCCGCACAACAACAAUGGAGUCGAGCUUCAUAAAGAGAUCUGAGAAUGGUAACACCUUUGUCCAGACCAAGUCGUCCUUCAGCUCCUCGUCCUCCAAGAAAGUGGGCAGCAUCUUUGAACGAGAGGACGAGAGCCCCAGUCGCGCAGGUAGCUUGGCUGCUCUGGAACGGCGCCAAGCUGAGAAGAAGAAGGAGUUGAUGAAGGCUCAGAGCUUACCCAAGACGUCAGCGUCGCAGGCGCGCAAGGCCAUGAUUGAGAAGCUGGAGAAGGAGAGUGGGAGCCCAGCCAAUCCAGCAGUGUCCCGGGUGGCUGUCCAGCGCUCCUCUAGCUUUGGGGUCCCCAACGCUAACAGCAUCAAGCAAAUGCUCCUGGAUUGGUGCCGCGCCAAGACCCGGGGCUAUGAGCAUGUUGACAUCCAGAACUUCUCCUCGAGCUGGAGUGACGGCAUGGCCUUCUGUGCACUGGUCCACAAUUUUUUCCCUGAAGCCUUUGACUAUGCGCAGUUGUCGCCACAGGACCGACGGCACAACUUCGAGAUGGCCUUCUCAGCAGCAGAGAUGCUCGUGGACUGCAUGCCCUUGGUGGAUGUAGAAGACAUGAUGAUCAUGGGGAAGCGUCCAGAUGCAAAAUGCGUGUUCACAUACGUGCAGUCCCUCUACAACCACCUGAGGCGCCAUGAGCUCCGGAUGCGGCAGCAACACUUCUAGCCUUCCUCCUACCCACCCCAACCACCACACACACACCCCAGGAUUGCAGCUCCUGCUGGGAGCCACCCUGCCUCCAAAGCGUCCAGCCUUGCCUGGCCCCACAUGGGGGCUGCAGUGGACAGAGGAAGGUUUACCCGCCCUGAUGUGUUCCUGCAGUCAACUCCCCCCACCACCCUCGUCUACAGAGAAUCUCUAUGUAGUAGGGGCCAGCAGCAGUCUUCCUGCCCCCUCAGUAGCAGGCUGGGCAGUUGGCAAUUCAAGCUGUCUCGAGGGGGCCGGCCCAGGCCUGCACCGUUCUGAGGAGAACACGAAGGGCUCGGCAUACCCUUGUUCACACAUGCUUUUUUAUAUUAUUAUUAUUUACUGUAAGUUAUUCCUUUUUAAGUCUCUUUUUGUAGCCUGCACAGUGCCCUGCCCCCACCCCCCAGGCAUAGCAGAGCUGCUCCCCCAAGAGAGAACUGACCGUGUGCAACCGUCUUGAGGCUUCUGGCUUUCCUCUUCGUGACAGCUUUGUGGGCUCUGCUGACUCCAAGAGUCCAGUGUGGCUGUUUUGUGCUCAGCUGCACGUGCGGCACUUCAUCUGUAGCAAAAGAUUGUGGCCCAAGUCCUGCUUCCACACCAGGCCAGGAUUCUUUGGCUGUGACAAGCACGAGAUGGGAAAGGCAAACUCGAGUGCUCGGGGGCUCCCGUCUUGCCAACUCAUACAGGAGCUCCUUGACACCAUGCCUCCAAAACAGAAGCCAAAUUAUACAUAGAUGUCGUGUGUGGCCCCCUCUGUGCUGAGGCCCUGUCCCUCCUAGAUUGUAGUUACUCCCCUUCACUAUGCGUCAGCGUUAAAUGGGCAGCAGGGUGUUUGUUGUCAUUAAUGAUUUAUCUUCCGAAAUGCUUUUCUCAAAUGCUCAAAGUGCAUUGCAAGAAUUAUCUCGCUUGUGAGAGCAGAGGCUUGAGUGGGAUUCAGGCUGAGGGACAACUUGACAUGCACAGGAUUCUCACUCGCAAGCACCACCGAGUUCAGUGGAACAGCCUUCCUAGGAAGUGUGGUUGGGCUUUAGCAGGUUUGUAGGGCCCCCCCUGGUUUUCCAAGAGGACAAAGCAGUGGUUAAGGAGGGAGAGAACUGGCAGUCUUUCCUUCUCACUACAGCAGGGAAGACUCUGCAUGUGGUCUGAUGCACUUUUCCUGCCAGUUGAUCCAAAUCAGACAAAUCAGCUGCUGUCACCUGUUCCCGUUCCGUAAUCCAUCCGGAUUAGACCCUUGGUCCAUCUAGUCCAGCGCCCCCUUUCCAGCAUCCAUUGGGCCAGUGCUGCAGGUGGGGUCCACAGACAACAGCCCUCCUCUGCUGACUGCUUCCGGCAUCUCCAGAGACAUUGUGCCUCUGAGCCCAAUUUGGCUUUCAUCGCUAAUAGUCACCAACAGACUUAUGUAUGUACAUAUGUGCCAUCAAGUUACAACUGACGUAUGAUGACCCCAGCAAGGGGCUUUCAGGGCAAGAGGGAAGCAGAGGUGGUUUGCCAGUGCCUUCCCCUGCAGAGUCUUGGUGGUCUCCCAAGUAGUAACCCUGCUUACGUUCUGAGAUCUGGCUAUACCAUGCUGCCUUCCCUCAGUGGCAAUAGACUGACUCUCCAUAAAUGUCGCUCACCCUUAAUUAUUGUUCAGUGAUUGAGGUGUAUGGGGGUGCAUGCUCAGUGCUGCAGUCUUUGCACUAGGCAUGAUCUUGGCCACAGAAGCCAGAGUGGCUGGGCUUUGUGCCUAGUGUCUCUCUGUAGGAAAGCCCGCCUUGCCUGAGAGUUCCCUUGAUCACUUCUGUCUUCCUCUGGACGCCCCGAAUUUUGCUGUCCCCAACCAGAUGUUCUUUGCCCCUUCGUGCAAGCUCUUGCUCCCCCUCCCCAAAAGUCAUUAAGGACUGAUGGGUAGCCAGCUGUGUGUUGGAAGAGGGUGAACUAUUGGGGUCACAAAAUAACACAUUGGCUCCUCCACCCAUACCAUGACCAGCCAGACCUCAGCUGCACUGCUCGGCCACACGCAGGAUUGUAACCAUUACACCACCAGCACAAGAAUGUCUGUGUCAGCACCAAUGAAACAAUAAAAGUUUGGAUAGACGGUU